UCAGUUCUAAAUUACUUCUCCGUGUGUUUAGAUGUGAAGACAUAAACAAAAAAAAAUAUAAUGAAUAGAGUAAUAUUACUUAGAGUUUGUUUUUUGACAUUAAUAUUUGCACAGAAUCCAUGUUCUAAUUACUGGCAAUAUGUGAGAAGUCAAAAUCAAAUUCAAGGAUUUCUAUCAUUCGCACAUAAUCAAAGAAGCACCGAACAUCAUCUGAGAGUCAUUUUAUCUCUUGGAGCAAAACUUCCUAGUUCGUAUGUCGGAGAUGUAAGUCUCAUUAAGGACAAAGCUGGAGCGUAUCAAGACAUAGUUAAUCAACUUCCUUUACAAUAUCGAGUAAGAUUUCCAGUGCAAGCCCCAUUACCGAAAUUAGAAGCAGUUUACUACAACGAUCAAAUGUUAUGCAUAGGAAAGAAAGAAGUUGCUGAAUUUAUAACUACAAUAACGUUAGACCAUAAAAUUUACACAAAACCAACUCAGAGUACCACGGAUAGCACACAAAAAACCCCAAUCUAUCAAAGCACAUCAGAAUUCACACAGAUAACACGACCACCUGACGAAUCUUCUCAAAAAUAUGUUACAAAAACUGAUCCAUCAGUGUUUACCAAUGGGUUACCCAAAAUUUUAGAAUCAAGUAUUCAAUGCGGUGUUCCUAAAAUAAAGCUAGAAGACCACUCCGGGUUAAUAAUUAACGGUAAACCUGUAAAAAAGGGACAGUUUCCAUGGAUGGUUUCAUACUUCCAUAAUGGAGGCGAGGAAAAUGCAUUUAUUUGUGGAGGAACUUUGAUUUCAUCAAGAUCAGUUAUCACAGCUGCACACUGUAUACACGAGAAAGGAAAUUUGCCAAGAGAGGCGGAUGAGGCCUUAUUCUACAUUGGAAAAAAUAUGAUAAAAUUUUAUGGAGAGGAAAAAGACUUUGUGAUUGCUCCAGCAUCUAAAUUUAUUGUUCAUCCAAAUUGGGAUGCAAAUAAGAAUUCUGUAUCAUAUGAUGGAGACAUUGCAAUUGUUAUUUUAUCGAGAAGGAUCCCAACUACCGACUCUAUUCAACCAAUUUGUUUAUGGACUGCUACUGAUAAUUAUGAUGAUAUUAUUAAUCAUAGUGGCGUGAUUGCAGGUUUUGGAAAAACUGAAUUUUCAAACACUUCUAGUGACAUACCUUAUUGGGUACCUGUUACAGCUAUUGAUGAAGGAACAUGUCUUAGAUCUCAUGAAGGUUUUACAAGAAUUACAUCAAAAAGAACAUUUUGUAUUGGUGGUCGUGAUAGGAGAGGUCCAUGCAAUGGUAAGAGAUCAAACAUAAGUUUUCGUUUUUUAUCUUCAACCUAAUUGAUCAAUGAAUGAUUUUUUAAUUGAUUAGGCGAUUCUGGAGGUGGAUUUGUUGUAAAAUAUAAUGAUAAAUGGUACCUUCGAGGAAUUAUUUCAGCAUCAUUUUAUGAUGUAGUAUUACGAACUUGUGACACUAAUAACUACUCAGUAUGCACAGAUGUGGUUCCUUAUAAUUCAUGGAUUGCACAAAAUAUGAUUUAAUCCUAAUGCAUUGUAAUUAAAACAUUCAACUUGUUAUCUG